GUUUCUCUGUAUAGCCCUGGCUGUCCUGGAACUCAGAAAUCUGCCUGUUUCUACCUCCCAAGUGCUGGGAUUAAAGGCGUGUGCCACCACUGCCCGGCUGGCUCCACUUGUGUUUCUAACCUUUGCUCACCUCCCCUCAAAGGCCUCGCGAGGUAAAGGGCUGUCCUGCGCCUGCGCCCGCCAUCGUUUCUGUUUGUAAAGCUCUGGACCCAGAGCCCAAGCGAAUCGGUGGGACCCAUCUCCGCGAUGCAUCGGCUGCAGGUAGUGCUGGGCCACCUGGCCGGCCGGUCCGAGUCGAGCUCCGCGCUGCAGGCUGCGCCCUGCUCCGCUGGAUUCCCGCAGGCCUCGGCCUCCGACGUGGUGGUGGUGCACGGACGGCGCACCCCCAUCGGCCGUGCCAGCCGCGGCGGCUUCAAGGACACCACCCCCGACGAGCUUCUGUCGGCCGUGUUGACCGCGGUUCUUCAGGACGUGAAGCUAAAGCCUGAACAGCUGGGAGACAUCUCUGUGGGCAAUGUUCUUGAACCUGGAGCUGGGAUUGUCAUGGCACGCAUCGCCCAAUUUCUGAGCGGCAUCCCAGAGACUGUGCCUUUGUCUACAGUCAACAGACAGUGUUCAUCAGGACUGCAGGCAGUGGCCAACAUUGCUGGUGGCAUCAGAAAUGGGUCUUAUGACAUUGGCAUGGCCUGUGGGGUGGAGUCCAUGUCCCUGUCUGAGAGAGGGAACCCUGGGAAUAUUUCUUCCCGCCUGGUGGAGAGUGAGAAAGCCAGAGACUGCCUGAUUCCUAUGGGGAUAACCUCGGAGAAUGUGGCUGAGCGGUUUGGCAUUUCUCGGCAGAAGCAGGAUGCCUUUGCGCUGGCCUCCCAGCAGAAGGCAGUGAGCGCCCAGAGCAGAGGAUGCUUCCACGCUGAGAUUGUGCCUGUGACCACCACUGUCCUCGACGACAAGGGUGACAGGAAAACCAUCACCGUG